AACGAGGGAGUCAGAAGGGAAAGUUUUUAAAAAUGAUUUCCGGGCGAAAACGUUAGCCACAUAGCCGUAGCGUCAGCGCUGGGUUUCCCUUGGCCCAACGGGGGAGGGCUAAAAAAAUCGGGUAGCUAGGGGGCUAGUAGGUGGCUAAUGAACCCCGGGAAAACUGUUUCGGGAUUUUUAUUUUACACAUUUAGGCUGUGUGACUGGCGGGCCAGGGGAUGGCGGCGAGGUAGACGGGGGGAUGAGGGGACCGGGGCCCCGGGGCCCCCGCCCCACUCUUCGGGGAGGGAGUGUCCCCGGAGAAGCUGAAGGUGCUUAAAUACAAGGAGGAGGAAGUUCGGGGCCAAACCAAAUGAAAAAUACCACCAGGCAUUACUUUGUCUCCAGUCCGUAUCUGGCGUUCAACUCGGGCGAGCAGUUCUUCAUGUUCACCAUCAUCGCGGCGUGGCUCAUCAACGAGGCGGGGAGGCCGUUCCCCGAGCCCCAGGAGUACGACGAGCCCAACGCCACCGUGGCCAACAUCCUGGCAGAGCUCAGGGCCUUCGGGGUCAAGGUGGACUUCCCGCCCUCCAAGCUGAAGUCCGGUUCAGGGGAACACGUCUGCUUCGUGCUGGACCGGCUGGCUGAGGAGGCUCUGAAGAGGAGGGGCUUCUCCUUCAGAAGACCAAACUACCCAACAGAAACCACAGAAGAAGAGUCUGUUGUCGAGGACGACGCAGAGCUCACACUCAGCAAAGUAGAGGAGGAGAUGAUCGAGGAGCCUGAUGAUGAGGAGGAGAACGUGAUGGACCUGGAGACCCUGAAGUUACGAACCACUCACACUGAAGUGGAACCGUCCUCCAAGCCGGACGAGAUCCUUGAGUCCACGGUGGAUGCAGCAGAGUGGAACCUGGAGGUGGAGCGAGUCCUGGCGCAACUCAAAGUCACCGUCAGGACAGACAACAAGGACUGGAGGAUCCACGUGGACCAGAUGCAUCAACACAAAGACGGGAUCAAGUCCUCGCUCAAAGAGGCCAAGAGCUACCUGGACAAACUGCAGGAGGACAUCGGGAAGACUCUGGAGAAGGUGGGCAGCAGAGAGAAGUACAUCAACAACCAGCUGGAGCAUCUGAUCCAGGAGUCGCACGUCAGCAAGCUCGCAGGUGAACCAAGCUCCACCAGGCGAAGGAGCGCUACCAGCAGGCCAGCGGGGGGGUGACUGAGAGGACCAGAGUCCUGGCAGAGAUCAGCGAGGAGCUGGAGAAGGUGAAGCAGGAGAUGGAGGAGAAGGGCAGCAGCAUGUCUGACGGAGCCCCGGUGGUGAGUUCAAG